CUGCGUUCACUUCCACAUAAACAAGAGCAGUGCAGUGGACGGCGAAACAUGGAGCAUCGCUUUGACAGGGCGGCGGUGCUGUCACCGCUGGAGGAGUCCAGCGCAGAGGUGAGCAGAGACAGCGGUAUCGUGUCCCAGAGCGCCAGCAGCCUGUCUAUGGUGAGCGAGGCCCUGAGCAGCGGCUCUGUGUCUCAGAGCCCGAGCUUCGGCGCUGCAGUGGCCCAGAGCCCGAGCUCAGCGGCCGGAGAAACCCAGGCGGAGCAGACACAAGACGACGAGCUCCUGAGACACACUGCCAUCACUUACUCCUCUUAUAUCAGAGCCAGCGCGGAAGAAGAGGUCCUGUGCUUGGAGAAAAGCCUGGAGGAAAUGCUGACACGGGUCGAUGAGUUUGUUGGGAUGCUUGAUAUGAUUCGAAACGACACCUCACAGGUGGUCAAUGAGAACCUACCACAGAUACAGAGAAAAUCUGAAGAGAUGAGAGAGAUUUACCGAAAAAUUGACAAAUUGGAGGCCUUUGUCAAAAUGGUUGGAGCCAGUGUGAGUGCAAUGGAAGAACAAGUAACUCAAGUCGAAGGUGAAGUUGGGACCCUGCCAGGCACCUUCAAAAAGUUCCUCCGCACAAUGGCCGUGCCAGGUUUUUUAAAUAAACCUGCGAGCCCAAGAAGGCAAUCAGAAAAAAAUCAAGAGCUUCCCAGUGUAUUUAAGACAGAAGAUUACUUUAAACCUCAGUCUGAGCAGUGAAAGAGACUAUCGUAUUGACUUCAUGAAGCACCAAUCAAGAGCAGUGCUGUCUGCUUUGAGAUGCAAACACCUGGGAGUGCUAACACAAACAUUUCACGGCCACUUUAUCUGCAACUUACUCAAUCAGUCCCACGAAGCCAACGGUUGUUUUAGUAGGCAGUCUAAUGGCAGCUAGUUUUAUAACAAACAGAAGCUUUGGUUUUAAAUAACUUCUUGUUUUUUUGUUUUUUCUUGAAGUGCCUCUCCAGGAAGUCUGACACGGUUUCUUAUAGUUGGGAAAGCAUGUUGAAAAACGUCAGAACAUUAGUUGAAACGUUUCUAUGAUUUUUUUACUCCUACUUGUACAUAGUUUGUACAGCUUUAUAAUUUUUUUGCCCUCUCUUUUCUUCCAGUGCUUGGGAUCUAUUUGCACUACUUUCACUGUCGCUGUUUAUCACUGAUCUAUCUUAUUAAGAUCUGGCACAUGUUGACAAUGAAUCUGUAAUGAAACGACUCGAGGUUGUUCUGUAGCGUUCAGUGCCGCACUCCUCAGCCAAACAAUAGCCACAACAGACAUUGUUUGUCAUGGACCAUUUACUUUUAUACUUAAAUGGCCAUGGACAGUUGUGUUAUGCUAAUUGUUACAUUAUUGUGUCUAAUGAUUGUCUAUUUGUAAUAAAUUUCCAAAAGUAUCCUAUCAUAAA